CCUCUACAAACCACCUCCGCCACAUUUGUCAUCUAUCCUAUCACAAUAAUGUCGGACCUUCCGCUGGACUCGGACAAGAUCCGCAAUAAGAGACUUGCAAAAUUGCAGCAAUCACAGCAGCAGCCGCAGUCAUCAGAAGAAGCAGCCUCACAUCAAGAUGGAACGCAGUCAGUGCCAUCACCACAACCCUCCACACCUCAGAAUGUUUCGCCGCAGCCUGGCACGCCCACAGAAAAGCCCACGUCCUCCGUCAGCGCAUCAAGUGCUCCGUCACCUGCGCCCUCCACCCGAAUAACCAUAACGCCCGCGAACGUCACACCGCAGAAGCGGGAGAUGGAUGGGAUAGAGAGACCAGGCUCCAGACAGACCGCUAGGCCGAAUGAGACUAUCGAACAGUGGGAAGAUCGUACACUGCGCAGUAUUUUCCGUCUGAGCCUUGAUCCCCAACAAGCAAAGGACAUCCACGGCCAGACGCUUCACCCCCUGCCACAACUACGAGAAGAGCUACAGGCUGAUGACAAGGCUUUGUUAUUAAACAUUGAUCUGCUUGAGCAAGCGAUCAUGGAGGCUGGAAGUAACCCUGGGAAGGUAACGCCCCACGACUGGCUCUUUGGCUGCUGGAAGAGAAUCACCCGACUGGGCAAAGGAGUCAAGGAUAAAACCUCCGAGAAUCAAAAGUGGUCCAUUAUUCAGGAGGCUCAGAGAUUAUGUAUGAGCUGGUGUAUCCUCUCUGUUACUACUCCAGAAGUCUUCGGGACGGAAUACGAUGGUGAUGCCGCAUUGGCUGAUCAUCUCCUCGCUGAUCCGGACGAAGAUCGGGGAGUAUGUCACGAUUUCCUGGCCGAAGUUGUCACCCGAUUCGAUGACGAUGAGACAAUUAAGGAAACCUUCGUGCGAGCCGUCGAGCAACUGAGCCGGAGACUUGCAAAGAUGACGAUGGAUAGCGACUAUCGACGUUACACUGCAAUGAUGCGCCAUCUGAUUAGGUACAAGCCUGUGGCCAUUGCCAUUACACAGUCACCCAUGUUCGUCGACAAGUCAGUGCCAGCUGCGCAAUUAGAGGUUGCAACCUUACUUGGACCAUAUUUCCAGAUAUCUCCCCUCCAAGCCGACGUCACUAAACAAUACUUUACGGGGCCACGGACGAUGGAUCCAAACAGAAUUAGAAAUGCACAGCAAUCAUUGCAGAUGGCUCUCAGGUCACACCAGUCUGAGCUGUUUGACAUUAUCAACAUCUUGGUUCGUUGUUCACCUGAGGCAAGAGAACAAGUCCUUGAUUGGUUCGCUCUCAUCGUUAAUUCGAACCAUAAGCGAAGAGCUAUGCGGGUCGACAAGGCAACAGUGUCAAGUGACGGUUUCAUGAUCAAUGUUAAUACGUGUCUGGACCAACUUUGUGAACCUUUCAUGGACGCACAAUUUUCUAAGUUGGACCGUGUGGAUAUCGAUUACUUGAGGCGACAUCCUCGAGUUGAUAUCAAAGACGAAACCAAGGUCAAUGCGGAUCAGGACGAGUCGGAUGCUUUCUACGAAGAGCAGCUUGAAGGCGACAACAACUUCAUUUCAGAAUUGUUCUUCCUGACUGUUGCUGCUCAUCACUACGGGUCUGAGGCGGCUCGAAACAUGCUAAAGGAUAUGGAUCGCGACCUCAAGCACAUGGCCAAACAAAUCGAGCAGUUUGAAACCGAAAGACACAAAUAUGUCAACAACCCUCCACAAUUGACCAUGUUCGAAAAUGCCCUCAAAAAAUACAAGGAUCAGCACGAUAGGGGGUUGGCUUACAAAUAUUCUGUCCAGGGUGUCUUGCUGGACGAACACGCCCAGACACGUUCAAUGCAGUUUAUGCGAUUCGUGACAGUCUGGCUCCUUCGACAAGUGUCUAGCCAUCGACAAUAUCCCAAAGAGAAGCUCACUCUUCCAUUGUCUACUACAGAGCCCGAUCAUUUCAAGAAUUUACCAGAGUAUUUCCUGGAUAUCAUCAGCGGCAAUUUCGGAUUCAUCAUGUAUAAUAUGCCGCAAGUCAUUUCGUCCACACAGUCUGAUGAGCUCAUCAUGUUAUGUAUCACAUUUCUGCGGAAUUCGGAGUACAUUCGGAACCCUUACUUGAAAGCUUCGUUGGUAACGAUCCUCUUUCGAGGCACGUGGUCCUGGCGUCAGGGCGGCCGGGGCAUACUAGCGGACCAGUACAACAGUUUGCCUUUUGCCACAGAGCAUCUCCUGCAUUCUUUGAUGAAGUUUUUCAUUGAGGCCGAGUUCAUGGGCGGUCAUGGGCAGUUCUUCGACAAAUUCAACGUUCGAUUCGAGAUUUUUCAAAUCAUCAAGUGUAUCUGGCCCAACACAGUCUACCGGGACAAUCUCUACCGUGAAGCAAAAGUUAACAUGGAGUUUUUUGUGAGGUUUGUCAAUCUCUUGCUGAACGAUGUCACUUUUGUGCUGGAUGAAUCCUUUACAUCCUUCCAUACAAUCUAUGACUUAUCCAAGGAACUGGCUCUUGCUGGUACAAAUUUGGAUCAACAGCAGCGGCAAGAAAAGGAGGAGGCGUUAGAACAGGCUAAAGGAAAAGCCAAAUCGUACAUGCAGUUGACGAACGAAACGGUCGACAUGUUGAAGUUGUUCACCGAGGCUCUUGCCGAUGCUUUUACAAUGCCGGAAAUUGUACAGCGACUGGCAGACAUGCUGGACUACAACCUUGACGCAAUGGUUGGCCCUAAGAGUACAUCGCUCAAAGUCGACAAUCUGCAAGAGUAUAACUUCAAUCCGAAAGCUCUCCUCAGUGAGAUCGUUGAUGUCUAUCUCAACCUCGGCGAGAGAGAGAAUUUUAUUCUGGCUGUGGCCCGUGAUGGUCGCUCAUACAAGCCGGGAAAUUUCGCUGCCGCAGGCAAUAUCUUGAAAAAGUUCGUCCUCAAGGCGCCGGAGGAACUCAAUAAGUGGGCUCGAUUGAUUGAAAAAAUCAAGAAAGCCAAGGAGGAAGACGAGGCAGCUGAUGCCGAUCUCGGAGACAUUCCAGACGAGUAUCUUGAUCCUUUGAUGUAUACCCUGAUGGAAGACCCGGUACGAUUGCCAGUCAGCAAAAUUGUGAUUGAUCGCAGUACAAUUCGCAGUCAUUUGUUGAGCGACCCACACGACCCCUUCAAUCGAGUCCCCCUGAAGAUUGAGGACGUUAUUCCUGGUAAGUUCUCACACACACGACUUUGCUCCUACGUUGCCAGCAUAUGUCACUGACCUGGUCAUUAGCUACCGACAUCAAAGAACAAAUUGACAAGUUCAAGCAGGAACGCAUUGGGGGAAAGAGACGAGAUUUCGUAGAGACAGUCAAGACAGAAGCUGGGGGAAAUGCGGAUGGUGAAGCUGCUAAUACACCUGCUAACCCAGAAAAUACUGGUGGUGAGCCCAUGGCUCUCGACCCAUGAUCGAACUGGCUCAGCGCGAGGGCGAUAAUCUGCGCUCUGACAGACUUGGGAGUUGCGGAUCGCAACGAAAGAUAAAAAGGGUUCGGCUCCCGUUAUCACGAGGAAUGAUCAUAAAACACAGUCAUAGAGAAAGAAGACUCACACUUUCAAUUCUA